AUGUCCGAACACGCCAGGGCUCUCCUCGAUACAGCAUGGGGUGUCAUUCCGCACUUCCAUGCCCGCUCCAUUCCCACAUCCAUCACCUACUACACCUCAGUCCUCCAUUUCAACCUCGGCAGCACCGACAUCUCGUUCAAAUAUGACCCGGCAAGCGAGCCGGAGCCCAACAUGUGCUCCAUCUACCUCGGCCCGGGUAUCAGAGGCGCAAACAUUUAUAUCUUCAAGCGACCAGUGGAAGAAGUGCUGCAUCCGAGCACAAUCAUGAUUGCGCUGGGAACUGAAGCGGUGGACGCUUACUAUGAGUUGCUGGUCCGGGAAGGAAAGGCUGAGAUCAUAAAGGAGAUCGAGGACAAACGUUGGGGUUACAGGCAGUUCGCUGUGCAGGAUCCUGAUGGUAACCGGAUCCAGUUCUUCCGCUUCCUUGACGGCGGAAAUCCCGGCGUCGAAGUUGCCGGGAUGACAGAUGCGGAUACAACAGAAUCUGCAUAG